AUGCAAGGUCCAGCUGUUUUUAUGGAUAUAUCGCUUGAAGAUCAAGCACUAGAACUGAGAAAGUACUUUAAAAGCCUUGGUGCAGAAAUUUCAGAAGAAAAGUCUGCUAAGGGAAUUGAGGAUGAUUUACAUAAAAUUGUAGGUGUGUGUGAUGUUUGUUUUAAAGAAACUAAUGAAGCGGAUAUUGAGGCCAUAUUGAAUAGCAUUGUAUCAAUUAUGGUUUCAAUACCUUUGGAAAGAGGUGAAAAUCUUAUUGUGGCAUUUAGUCAAAGAUUAGCAAAGGCUCCUGGUCCGAAGCUUGGAUUAGUGGCUCUACAAUCGUUAUGGAGACUGUAUAACAAUUUAGAAUCAAACUCACCAUUGAGGUACCAUGUCUAUUAUCAUGUAAUAGAGCUAGCAGCACGUGUAGGCGCUGUCAAAGAUGUGUUUACGGGGGUGGAUCAACUAAGAAGGGAGUUUACUAGCUGUCCUCCUUCAAAUGAGCAGAUGCAAAAAUUGUACAGAUUAUUACAUCAAGUAUUAAAAGAUCAAAACAGUGAACUGGCUUCAAAAGUUAUGAUAGAACUGCUUGGUACAUAUACAGAUGAAAAUGCAUCUUAUGCCAGAGAGGAUGCCAUUAAAUGCAUAGUAACUGCACUUGCUGAUCCCAAUACAUUCUUAUUGGAUCCUUUGCUUUCAUUGAAGCCAGUGCGAUUCCUUGAAGGCGAGCUUAUCCAUGAUCUGCUCACAAUAUUUGUGUCUGAAAAACUUUCUAGCUAUCAGACUUUCUAUCAGAACCAUAAGGAGUUUGUGCAGUCUCAAGGUCUUAACCAUGAGCAAAAUAUAAAGAAAAUGAGAAUACUAUCCUUUAUGCAGAUGGCUGAAUCAAAUCCAGAAAUUACUUUUGAUGAAAUGAUCUCUGAGUUACAGAUCGAAGAGAAAAAUGUAGAGGCGUUUAUCAUUGAAGUGCUGAAGACGCGGCUGGUGCGCGCUCGGAUGGACCAGGCUCAACGCACGGUGCGCGUCACCAGCACGAUGCACAGGACGUUCGGGCGGGCGCAGUGGCAGCAGCUGCGCAGCGUGCUGCUCGCGUGGCGCGCCAACGUGCACCAGGCGCACGAGUCCAUGAAGUCCGUGGCGGCCGCACAGCUGGAGUACACCGCGCAACAGCAAAAGGCC